GGUUUGGGGAGCAUCCAUCCGUAGGACAACCCAUUCUGGACCAAGAACUAGACCGUUCUACUCCGUGCCUGUGCCUGGUUCCUGAGUUGACGGGCCCGCUAGAUCCGGCUAGGGAUCCUCCCGGGUGCGGGGACGUAGACCUCGAUGACAAUAUUCAACCUAGCCGUUUUGGUCCCUCGUGUUCUGCAGGAAUGGCAUGCUACUUGAUCUAGUCCUCAUAUCGAGUAGAUCUUACCGAGGAAGAGUCGAGUGCAAGGUACUGUCGCGUGGAACCACGCUCAUCACCAGAUCCGCCGGUGCAACAUUACCGCUUAGCGACUUGGCAGUUUUGGUUUAAUUUCAAGGAGACGGAACCGCUAUUAAGGAGCUGAUACCAGAGCUGGGUAUUGAUUGGAGCAUAAAUAGAGGGGUUCCCUGACGAAAACUGUGAUUCUGACGAUCAAGUACAGUUUUCUUCGUGCAGACCUUCUAAUCAGCGUUAUUGUUAUAUGAUCAUGGCGAUGAAGUUUACUAGAAACCUGGCCCUUUCGAUGGCCUUCGGCGCAUCUGUGCUGGGCCAGCAGGUCAAUGGCCCCGAUUACGAUAGCCCUACCGGCGGCCCUCCGGCCAAAUUCUUUGAAGCUGCUGCCUCGAUCCCAGUCGCUGGCCUUCAAACUGCCGCUGCGAAGGCGAGCAAGGUCCCGAGUGUGGCAACGUAUCCUGUGAGCCUUGAAAAGAACGCAGCCAAGUCCACGAUCCACAGUGACUGGCUGUCAUUUAGUGAGGGAGCGGCCUUGUCAUGGGUGGCGGACAUGGAUGUUGACUGCGACGGCAUUAACUAUAAAUGCGUGGGAAACCCUGAUGGGCAAGACCAGACCAACUGGGGUGCUCUGGCGGCGUACGAGGUGCCGUUUAUCGUCAUUCCGCAGAAGUUCCUGUCAGCAAAUGGAAAUCUCCUCUCGGGAAACAACAUUGCUGCUGUGAUCUGCAACGGCAAGAUGUACUACGGUAUCCUCGGGGAUUCCAACGGCGACAGCCCGCAGGUUACCGGCGAGGCUUCAUGGUUGAUGGCCCGUACCUGUUUCCCCAAGGAUAAUCUGAGCGGAAACAAGGGACACACCGCUGUCGAUGUCACCUAUAUUCUGUUCACCGGCAAGAACUCGGUCCUGCCAAGUAGCGCUUUGAACAAGAACUAUAUCACCAACUUCAGCACCUUGCGGUCGAUGGGUGACAAGCUGGUCAACGCCCUGGCCUCGAACCUGGGGCUCGGCAGUUCCACACCCCCCACGACUACCUCUGCUACGAUGACCACGACAGCCAAGCCGGGCCCGACCGGUUGUUCCUGGCCUGGCCAUUGCCAAGGCGCUGCAUGCUCGAGCGGCAAUGAUUGCGCGGACGACCUUGUCUGCACUGGCGGCAUCUGUUCGGCCGAGGGAGCGCAGACAUGCUCGUGGGAGGGUCACUGCGAGGGUGACUCUUGCUCUUCCCACGAUGACUGUUCAGAUGAGCUGGCCUGUGUUAGUGGCGUCUGCUCUGCUGAUGAGGAUACGGAGGAGACGUGUUCCUGGGAGGAUCACUGCGAGGGAUCCUCUUGUACGAGCCAUGACGACUGUGCGGAUGAGCUGUUCUGCAGUGAUGGGGAGUGUACCUCCUCGUGAGAGCUAUGCAAGCCAAAAGAGUGAGUUGUAUGGGUUGACUAUGGACGGAUGACAUGUUAGUUGAGCGGGAACAUCUAAAAAAUGAGCGAAAUGAGCAAUGUGUAACUAUCUCCAUCGGAGGGAACUACUAGAACUAUCCUCGUGAUGAGAAUGCAAUGGAAGAACGAUGAGUCAGCAGACAGAGUGCAAUGCACUGGUUAGUAAUAAACAUAGCACAACGCAUGCAAUUAAUCAAUCCAAGAAAAUCAACAGUUGGAACGAGAAGGUCUAGAACGGAUUUCAGAUAAAUGACUUGAUCCUUCUUAUUUCUGGAGGUAUUGAACCUCUUCUGCUCAUCUUAUUUCAAUAGGAAUUUGUCUGCUGAAUUCACUCAUUCCUCACGUUAUC